CCUUGUAGUCCUCAGUGAAAGUGCCCAGUUAUUUCAAGAUGGAAAGUAACACAGAAGACAAGAGCAAGCAAGAUGUUAUGGUAUCUAAUCUCCCAUUACUGUUUUCUGAUGGCAAACCGAUAUCCAUCACGUCAAUGUCUGUGGAGGAUCUGCAGUAUUUUAUACCAUUUCUGCUAAAAUGCAUCUUAGGAUGUGAACCCUCAAGUUGGGCUAAAUAUACAAAAUUCAAGUGGUGGCCACCUGAUGUACCUUGGUCUCCUAUAAUUCUUACAAAAAAAUAUCAAAACCAACAUUGGGCAUGCAAACUUUCAAAGCUGGUGAAAAACUGUUAUGAGUACAAUGGCUGUAUGUAUUUACUACAUUUUUCUGCAAAACUGCAAACACUUAGUGGAGGAUACAAGUUUGAAGACAAUUGGGAUGGUACUACUUCAAUGUAUGAUAGCACAAAUGGAAAGCUGCUUGUCACGUUCCAGAAUGAAAACAUGAUUUACGAUAAGGGUUUUAGACAGCAGUCUAAUACUUCUCGUCCAAUGUUACUUCCUCGUUUAAAUUCGCCAACUAGUCCGGCAAAAAUUAACCCUGGAACCCUAAACUCAACUGCAAUCGAAGAGCCUACUGCUGCUAAAAUGGUUGAGCCACCGAUUAACGACAUAUAUCUAUGUGAUUAUUGCGGAGCAGAUUUUAGCUCACUUUCAACCAUUAAGGCUCAUGAAGCGAAGUGCAUGGCAGACAAAGCUCUGGAAACUCAAUCUCACAACAGCUUUCCCGAACCGGAAACUCAAAAUAUGGAUGAAGCACAAUUUCUCUGGUAUUUGUCUUUGUCUCGUCGUAACCAAACGUUACCGCCACCUAAUGUUACCCCUGCCAAGAUUCGUCCGGUCGUAAGAAGAGCUUGCACUCUCAGUGACAAAAGAUUUACGACGAUUCCCUUUUCAUCAAACCUUGGACAAAGCUUCUUCAAGGCAAUAAAACUAACUCCGAUGGCAUCAGAACUCCUCAUCAGUCGUUAUGAGCGCUUAUGCACGGCCAAACCGGUUGGAAUACGUUUAGACCCUCUUAUAGGAGAGAAUAUCAAUCAAACACCUUCAUCAGCGACUCAUCGUUUUCGUGCAGCCGUAUACAAACGGAAAAAUGAAUGGGCUCACGUCUACUCCUUUAAUAAAGCAGACAGGAAAGAGCGCAUAAUAACUAUUGAAACAGGAUUGAACAAACGCGCUCGCCAAUUACUUAGCACUUGCCAAGGUGUUAGUGUAGAAAUGGUAAGGUUAAAACCAGAAGAUAUAAAAAGGUGGACAAGACCGAAACCAAAACACCAACAACCAUUGUUACAACCUUGGCUACAGCGCAGCAUUGUAAACUUACCUCCUAGUUGUACGAUAAGCUUGGCUCCUAUUGACUCGCAACAAACCUGGCUCCGACAUCAGCAGACUCCUUCAUCAUCAAUAUCUUGUCUGGAUAUAGCAAGAAAUUUGGUGGCCACUAAAUCGAAUUCCUUAGGCAAACCUCAGGUCAGAUCUCCACCGGGGCUUCUUCCUCUCAUUACCGGUACUUGGUCUAUGCAAGCUGUACAGCCUAACAAGUCUAAUACCGCGAAAAAUCAGUUGAUACUGCCCGAUCUGAUUCCAGUUGUAAAUAGACAUCCGAAGAACCGCUCUCCUGACCCAGUUAUAAUCCGAAUGCCUUCCAUACCAUCGCCAAAAUCAGUUAAGGUUUCGCUAAAUAAGAGCGCGACUUCGACCGGGAAUAUCACAGAUGUAGUGGAUCUUUGUUCAUCGGAAGAUGAAGCCCGAGAUGAUCAGCCUCCAUCAGUUACCAGUCGCGUGUCUCAGCCGUUUGUCUUACCCCCCGGUAUUUCUAUAACAAAAGUAAAAAAUCCUCCAAGUGGAAUGCCUUGCCUGCUUCCUGAUUCACAAUCAGUCGGAAAGGUACUUGAGAAAAAUAACAACCGAUCGCGAAGCGUUUCGCAGUGGUUGGCGUCAGCAGUCUCUAGUCCUCUUCCGAAUUUGAGAUGCAUGGGCCAGCGUAAUCCUACAGUGAAACAAGAGCCUUCCCGGUAUGAUAUGGUUUCUCCUUCGUCUUCGGCUGAUACUUCUCUACCUAUCGUAACGCCAUUGAAACUCGGGAAACUUCCGGCAGAGAAGAGAGAACAAAUGAAGCAGUCUCUUUUAAAAAUUCAGCAAAAAGAAAAGAAGUCACCGCAGUCAAACGCAGAGCAAACAAGUCCACCAUUUUCAGCCAAGAAAAUUCAAGCACUUGGCGAAGUCGAUCCUCUUCAGUGCCCGCCGUUAUUGGAGAAUUCUCCCAGUCCAAACAAAGAUCUUUCUCGUCUGCUUAGCGACGAGUGCAAGGAGCUGAAGCAUAAAGGAUUGGGUGGUUUGUCUUUCUCAAACCAACGACUAACACGACGGAAAAGAGCCACAGAAUCUGAAUUUUAUAGCUGUGGUGAAGAAGAUUCACUGUCCGACGGUCCUAGCAAGAGAGCCCGUAAAUUGGAACAAUCACCAUCGUCUACAUUGACGCCAGAAAGGAAUUCGGUUCGCGAUAGUAACAGUUAUUCAUCGGUCAUGGAAGUCAACUUGGUAGGCCCGGACAACGAAAUUUGUGACAGCUCCCGAGCAAGUUCAUUCGGGUCGCUUACACCUGACAGUAAAAUUCCACGAAAGAGAAGCGAACUUAUUCGCUUAUUGAAUGAUGAGUGCAAAGAAUUAAGGCGAAAAGGGCUCGAAGAUCUAUCUCUUGAGGCGAGCCCCAAUCAACGUGUCACUCGUUGUCGCACUAAAUCCCAACCACUGGUGUCUGGCAAAAGAUAAAAUUCCUUUUGGUAACCCUUUUCACUCCUCGUCCCUGCGCCGAUCAAAUGUGUGCCCUCGAUUGGGUGCGUUGUUAUGUAGUAGUCAACUACUUUCUUAACCAAACACCCAGAAUGUGUGCGUACAUUUUACCCGUGUCGCCCUUUCUAUUUUUCCAUUUGAUAGCGUUUCACGAUCGUUUCGAAUAUCUUGCAUUUUCAUCAUAUCUUCUCUACGUAGAAAUCAGCAAUGCUUUAUUUUAUGUACAGAAUAACGACGUUAUAUCGCUCUACGUUUAGCUGAAGAAUUCGCACUUUAUUCACUUGUUGUAAAAAGUAUUCAAAUUUCCGAAGCGAUCUAUGGUGUUGAUAUGAAACCAAUUAGCUUAGUCGUUGUUUAACAAUAAGUGUAGCUGGUAUAUGAUUUUCUCCUAAUUUUUAACCAAGUAAAUCCUAAAUUGCUGAAAUUCAGAACCGAGACCGCCUGUACUUUCAGUUAGAAUCCUAUAAAUCACUUAGUUCUAAUGACGUAUUUGGAAUAACCUGUAUUUAUGAUUACGAGGUGGGUUUUGCUUUAUAAGGCGUUCUGAUUUCACGAAAUAAGAAAAUCGGUAAUUGGGUUGCACUAUUGCAUAACCUCUGCACCCUUAGUGUAAUUUGAAUCAUCUCGUGUGCCUGGAAUUUUGAUCUUAAGUUUAACAUUUCCACCUCUAAAUGUGUACAAUUAUUUCAAAAACUUAAAUAUUAUUCUCUGUCAGUUACGAGAAUCGAUGACUGCAAUUGAAUAAACCCGUGCGAGCUACAAACUA